UUUCCACUGGCACUGGGAAGGGGGACAGUACUUGGAACAGUACUGUAAUAAUUUGAUUAUUUGAAUCAAAACAAUUCACAAACGUUAUUAUACUGACUAAACUUCUUAAAUUUAAAUAUUUAGAUUUGCACUAGUUUCACUCCGACAACAAUUGUUAAUUGUUUUGAUUCAAAUUUAUAUUACAUUACUGACUACAGAAAUUUGAAAUGUUUGUUGAUUUUCGUUGUCCAAUCAGGGUUGAGUGUAUUUUGAGUUGUUCAACGACUUCCGCUUUUUGUCCAGCAAACCCGGCACGCGGAUAUAUUUUGGGCGAAUUUUGUUAUUCCCUCACGGAUUUCAGAGCGAAUUUAAGCUCUUUGAUUAAAGUAUCGUUGUUUUGAGAGUUAUACGGUAUCAUUCUUGCAGGGGAUAUCGAUUAAUUGUGAAAGAAAUGCAUUAAAGGCGAAAAAUCGAGGAUAGUUUCGUGUGACAUAUGCCAGUCUGGGCUAUUUUGGUCUCAAUGUUUCCUUCCUUCCCUCGUUAUAAGGAAGGCACAGGCGGGCGCGGGCAAAUCGAGCCUGGGCCUCCUGUGCUUUAUACUGGAGGAAUUCACCCCCUGAAAAUAUUCAAAAUGGCAGACAUUCAGGGGGUGAAUACCUCUCAUACUGUCUAGGAACAUGACGAGUGCAUUUUGAUGGCAGGUCAUGGCGUUUUUUGGCUGAGUCAGUCUUCUGCAUCGUGUCUAUUCUGUGGUAUCUGCGAGUGUUCAUCGUUGGAUAGAAAUGACGGUACAAGUGUUUCCACGAAGGAUUUUUGCACAAUGUUCUUCAAAUGGGAAAUCAUAAAGUCAUAGAGAUAAAGUGGAAACAUUUCCAGCAAACAUUGAUUGAUAUCGAUUUGAUUGUAAAAUUUGAAAAGAAAUAAAUUUUGUGUGAACGUGGAAUUUCCACAAUUCAACGUGGCAAAGUUUUGAAAUUAAUUUAACGUAAAACAGUUGUGUUUUUCUUUAUUUAUGUGUGAUAAUUGUGCAAAGUUGUGUGUGAAUAUUGUGUAGAAAUGUCUCGAGGAAGAAAAGAAAUUUUAUGUUUGUUUGAUGUGGAUGGAACAGUCACACGGCCACGGCAGGUCAGUUUUGCAUUUUAUCAUGACAAAAAAAGAGUUCUCUCUUGUUUGUUGUAAAAAUUUGAUGUAUAGAUAGUAGGAUGUCUCUGACUUGCUGGCUGGUAUUUCGAUUGAAGCUUGUUGUUCACAAUGUUGUUGUUUUUGUUGUUGACAUAUAUUCUUCUUGUUCACUUGCUUAAUUUGGCAAAUCAAUAUAUCCAAGUGCUAUAAGGGGCGGACCAUUAGAAAAGUGAUGGGGUCGUACAAGUUAGAAAUAUCCCCCCCCCCCCCAUCACUUUUCUAAUGGUCCGCCCCUAAUUAAAUCACUGUCAAUUUAAAUUGCACGCCAUCAGAAAAAUCACAAAAAAUAAUUAAACAUUAACCAGAUUGAGUGCCAACACUCUCUCCUUGGGAAAUAAAAUAAUCAGACAGUAACAGCAAAAUAAUAAAUUAGAGCUGUAGGUAGCCUGCGUGGCAGGCCCUCGGUUUUAUGGGGGGCCUGAUUUGUAAUGGGCAGGGUUUUGGCAGGCACAGGGGAGGACCCUUGUCCUGUGCCUUGUUCUUCCUAGCUACAGGUGUAUGUACUACAGAGCCUGAAAUAAUUUUUAAAUUUGUCCGGCAAAACUUCCAAGCAAAAUGAAAUUUGACCGGAAAUUUUCAAAUUUGGUCGGAAAUUUUUUAGUUUAGUUUGAUCGCCUCCGUUGAGUAAAUUAUGUCAAGCAUGCAGUAAAUCACUCUACUUGUAAUAAACAGCCUAUUUAACUGUCCUGAUGAAGGGCCUUUGCUCGAAACGUCGAGGAAACACAUUCUUUAUCUUCCAGGUCGUCAAAUUAACAACAAUGAAAGCAGUCACUCUGACUCGUAACUCGUGCACUGUCACACAUUUAAGUUAACUAAACUUUGUUUAAAGCAUGCUCUGAUCGAAGAAACUUUGAUAACUUUCCAGUUGAUUACUCUAUAUAAGACUAGUAUAGAUAAUCUAAGACUAUAGAUACUGCACUCACUGUGCUGAGCGCCAACCCGAUAAUUAAAAAAACAAAACAGAUUAUCAUAUUUUUUUUCAACAUUUAUCCGGACGAAACUUCCGAUCAUUUCGGCAUUUGGUCGGAAAAACUGGAAAUUGGUCGGAAAACCGCCAGCUGUUAUUUCAGGCUCUGUAUCACAGAAUACCGCAAAAAUUUACAUGUUCCAUAUCUUUUGUCUAAUGUAUAUAAUAUGGUUCCUUAAUAUUUUUUAGUAUAGUCUAUCGAUACAUUUUUUCUUCCUGGGGGUUUUGGGGCAAGAUUUCAUAGACUUAAUUAUUUUUUUUAAAUGAAUAUUCUGUGGGAAAAAUUUCCAAUGUACCACAGAAUACCAGUGCAGAGGUAAGUAAGCAACGGCUUAUCAAAUUGUACCAGGAUUUGGUGUGUCAUUUUGUAUGAUAAUACUGUGGGAUAUUGCUAACUUAAUUUAGUGAAAGUUAAAACACUAAAAUCAGUAAAGAAUACCAGUGGUAUAACCAAAAAAUAUCAGAUUUAUCAAUAAUUUUGAAAAAUUCAGUUUUUCAAUGGUAAAAUUGAUUACACUGUGAUUCCAGUGUAGUAAUAAUGUUGUGUUGCAUAGAAAAAGUAUUGAUCAACAUAAAUUAUGCUGGUUUGCGAACUUAUUUUUAAACAUUCAGAUUUUACAGGCAUUAUACGAAAAAAAGUACCAAAAAUAUAGAAUGUUACUUCUUGUUAAUCCUGAAUAUUUUUAGGAAUUUUUAAGAAAAUAUACAUUUUUUGUUUUUAUUAUGUCAAUUAAGACUAAUAACUAAUAUAUAAUCACAAAAAUAAAGUUUAUAGCAUAUUUCCUUCAAAUUUUAUAUAAGAAAUAAAUAAGACUGGUAUUCUGUGGUACCGUGGUAUUCUGUGGUACAUACACCUGUAGAUGUGCUUGGUGAUUCCAUAAAACUGAGAGCCUGCCACACAGGCUAAGCUGUAGGGCAUAUCAUGCUCCCGUAUACCGUCCUAUGAAUGAUUUAUCCCUUGGAUAGUCACCAGACCAGCUGCAUGCAAAACUUGUGUUGAUUAAAAUGUUUUCACUUGCAGAUGAUCACAAAUGAAAUGAAGGAAUUUUUAUUUCAACUUCGAGACAAGGUUGAUGUUGGUAUGGUGGGUGGUUCGGAUUAUUCCAAGGCACAGGAACAGCUGGGGGGAGGAGACGGUGAGUAGUGUUUUGCACCAAAUUUCCCAACAAUUUCUAUGUGCAUGCAUUCAAUCUUUAUCCGAUUUACAAGGCAAGCUGAAGAUAACCUAUCAAAUAUAGAAAUCUUGUUGUUUAUUUAACAACUUUUACAUUUUAGUGUACAAACAGUAUGACUAUCUAUUUCCUGAAAAUGGUUUAGUUUCUUACAAACGUGGAGCCUAUCACGAAACACAGGUUUGUCAUCCGAUAAAUUUGAAGAUUUCUUUUUAAUAGUUAUAUAAAUUAUGUGAAUUUUGUAACAAAAAAUUAUAAAGAAGAUUAUAGAAUGAUAGUGUUCUUUUUUCAAUCAACAGAAUAUAAAGUCAUUUCUUGGGGAAGAAAAGAUUCAGAUAUUCAUCAAUUUUUGUUUGAAAUAUUUAUCGGAAAUAAGCAUUCCUGUAAAACGGUACAGAUUUUGAAAAUAGCCGCACACCAUUGUUUUCUGAUCUGUUUUCUGAGUGGUCUUCAUUCUGUGAGUGUCUAAAAUGUCUGUUUAUUUUUGCAGAGGUACGUUUGUUGAGUUUCGAAGUGGGUUAAUCAAUAUUUCUCCAAUUGGUCGUAACUGUUCACAAGAAGAACGAGAUGAAUUUGAAAAAUAUGAUAAGGUGAUGUUGUCAUCUAUUACCUUCUCAGGGCUAUGUUUUCGUCCGUGUUUGUUUGUUUGUGUGUCUGUCAACACAAAGUAACAUUGUCCAAGGAUAAAUUGAUUAAAUUUGAUUGAAGAUUGAAUGAGAAAUUAGCAAACAUUUCUCUUGCUUUGCCAGGCAAAAUAAACUGGAUGUGUAAUGGACCAUUUGCAUUAUAGACUAAAUUUUGAUCUACUGUAGACAAAAGUUUCAUCACAGCUUGAAAGAGCAUCACAAAAUUAGUAAUAUUCCAAAGUUUCGUUGCGAAAUGUUGUAAAAUGCGGAUAAUAUAGCCUUGCGAAGUUUGCCGUUUUUCAGUCAUUUUGUAUUACCCACGGGAAAUUGACAGCCCAAUCGGGUGUUGGGGCAUCAAUUUCCCGUUUGUAAUACAAAAUGACUGAAAAUUGCAAAUUUCGCAAGGCUAUAUUAUCCGCAUUUUACAACAUUUCGCAACGAAACUUCGGAAUAUUACUAAUUUUGUGAUGCUCUUUCAAGCUGUGAUGAAAUUUUUGACUAGAUCAAAAUUUAGUCUAUAAUGCAAAUGGUCCAUUAGCCCAUUGUAUAAAUCGUGAUUUAAUUUGCUGGCGGAGGAACCAAAUCUUCCCUAAAUAGAAAGCUGCGGUUUGAGAUUCAAUCAACUAUAAUGUGUCUUUCAGACAGUUGAAUCUCAAUCCGCUGCUUCCUGGUGUCGCUGGGACAAACUGUUAAAAUCUUCUUUAACCUUUAGAUUCAUAAUAUAAGAAGAGAUUUUGUGGAAGUGUUGAGGAAGCAGUUUGCCGAAUAUAACCUCAAGUUUUCUAUUGGCGGACAAGUCAGUUUUGAUGUAUUUCCUAUUGGCUGGGAUAAAACAUAUUGUUUAAAACAUGUUCAACACGAAGGAUACAAACAAAUACAUUUCUUUGGUGAUAAAACAUGGGAGGUGAGAUGGGUGCCAAGUUUUUCAAGAAAAAGUUCUGUGUUCUUUAGUAAUUAGAAACAAUGUUAAUUAUGUAUACCAUAUAUAAUUAGAGUUUGAUUUGUUUCUUUAUAUCUGUAGGGUGGCAAUGAUUAUGAGAUAUUUAUGGAUGAGAGGACGAUUGGACAUACAGUUCAGAAUCCUUCAGAAACAGUGACAAUUUUACAAGAACUUCUAGACAAUGGAACCUUUAGCUAGAUAUUAUUAAACUUUAAUUCAAUAAAUAAUACAAUUACCCAUGUGCCGCAUUAACGCUGUGGUCAAAUGUCCUCGCAUAUUUACUUCUUGUAUUUAAAAGAUAAUACUAAAAGUAGUAUAGAUAGAUAGAUAGAUAAACUUUAUUUAACCACGCUAACCCCGUCAACUGAAGCUGAUUUCCACAGGGGGCGUGUAUAAAAGAAAUUACAGAAGUAUAAACUUUAGAAUAAUUAUUUACAGAGUAUUAGAAAUAGUAUUAGGCAUGCAGGUAUUAAAGUAAGUAAUGGGAAUAUAACAAUCUAUUUACAUUGUACAUGACAACAUUUGUUGUCUAAUUAAAAAUGUGAGCGGCAUUUUCUUUUGGCCUUUUACUAUAUUAUAGUAUAUUCCAUCUCUAAAUAUUUCUGUACAAAAUACUGUAUUCAAUAUUCAUACCCAUAGAAACAACU